AUGUCCUUCCGUAUUGCUAACCGUACCAUUGUCCAAGCCUUGAAGAGAACUUCCUUGCUGAGAAGCGCACCAGCCUAUUCUUCUCUAGCUAUCCGUUCUUUUGCCACAUCCAAGCCAGUCUUCAACGAACCAACCAGUCGUGUUGCAUCCACUUUGAAAGCUGAGUUGGAGCACGAGCGUGACAAUGCGCCAGAGGCCUUCAACGAGACAUCCUUUGCUGGCUUCUCUGUUGUGAACACGAACGGCCAGGCCUUGGGAAAGUUGGAGAAGGAUUCCUCCGAUGAGCUUGUGCACGUGUUCUUUGACGUCAACCAAAUCGUCAACUUGCGUUCUAACGAAGCUGAAGAGAUCGAAGGCGAGGAAGAAGGUUUCGAAGACCCAUAUGACUCCAACUUCAUCAACGUCAACGUUGUUGUUGAGAAGAAAUCCGACGGUUCCGCUGUUGCCUUUGACGUUUUGGUUGGACCAGAGGAUGGUUCUAGCUACAUCGAGAACGUUACAGCUUACGCUGAUAAGACUGAGGCCUUGGAGGAGUCUGCUGAGGCUGAACAAAAGAGAGACUUGCGUUACAACGGCCCAGCCUUCACCAACUUGGAUGAGAAGUUGCAAGAGGACUUUGAGAACUACUUGGUCUCCAGAGGAAUCAACACCGAUCUCUUCAGAUUCAUCGUUGAUUACGGUGUUGCCAAGGAGAACAAUGAGUACAUCUCCUGGUUGAACAAGCUCAACAAGUUCUUCAACUAA